AUGGACACAGGCUUUGACGACCCUGGAAUAUUUUUCAGCGAUAACUUUGGUUCCGAGGAACAAAAUAAUGAAGACCAGAUCAACAGGGUUCAAGUUAAAAAGCGAUUCAAGGAUUUUAUCCGUCAAUUUCACGAAGGCAACUUUACAUACCGAUACAGAGAUGAACUGAAAAGACACUAUAAUUUAGGACAAUACCACCUGGAAGUAGAGAUUGAGGAUGUGGCAAGUUUUGAUGAAACAUUGGCAGAGAAGUUGUACAAAGUACCUACAGAGCAUCUACCACUGUUUGAGGAUGCAGCCAAGGAGAUUGCUGAUGAGAUCACCAAGCCCCGCCCCGAGGGGGAGGAAGACGUGCAGGACAUUCAGGUCAUGCUAACCUCCAAGGAGAAUCCAGUCAACCUUCGUGGACUCAAGUCUGACCAGAUGUCCAAACUAGUGAAGAUACCUGGCAUUGUGAUAGCUGCCUCAGCCAUUAAGUCCAAGGCGACCUCAUUGACCCUGCAGUGCCGCAGUUGCCGUAAUGUGCUCAAUAACAUCGCUGUCAAGCCUGGUCUGGAAGGAUACAGCAUGCCGCGCAAAUGUAACACUGACCAAGCUGGAAGACCUAAGUGCCCGAUAGACCCAUUCUUCAUCGUGCCGGACAAGUGCCGCUGUGUAGACUUUCAGGUUCUCAAGCUGCAGGAGGCCCCAGAGUCCGUGCCCAACGGAGAGAUGCCCAGGCACAUGCAGCUCUUCUGUGAUAGGUACCUGUGUGAUAAGAUUGUGCCAGGAAACAGAGUCAAUGUCAUCGGCAUCUUCUCCAUCAAGAAAGCUGGACAACCAGCUCAGGGAGGUGGCAGGGAGAAGGUCAACGUGGGUAUCCGAGCCCCGUACUUCAGAGUGGUUGGCAUCCAGGUGGCCACGGAUGGCCAGGGGUCAACAACCGGGACUUCCAUCACUCCCGCAGAGGAAGAGGAAUUCAGGCGUCUCGCAAAGAGCCCUAACGUGUACGACACAGUCGCCAAGAGCAUUGCGCCCUCUAUCUAUGGCAGCAUUGAUAUUAAGAAGGCUAUUGCUUGUCUUCUGUUUGGAGGCUCCAGAAAAAGGUUACCUGAUGGCCUGACCCGCAGAGGUGACGUGAACCUUCUCAUGUUGGGUGACCCUGGUACAGCGAAGUCACAGCUGCUGAAGUUUGUGGAGCGAGUGUCUCCAAUAGCCGUGUACACGUCUGGCAAGGGCAGUAGUGCUGCUGGUCUGACAGCCUCAGUGCACAGGGACCCACAAACGCGCAACUUUGUGAUGGAGGGCGGGGCUAUGGUUCUAGCCGACGGGGGAGUGGUGUGCAUUGACGAGUUUGACAAGAUGAGAGAAGAUGACAGGGUAGCCAUUCAUGAGGCUAUGGAGCAGCAAACCAUCUCCAUAGCUAAGGCCGGGAUAACAACGACCUUGAACUCAAGGUGCUCUGUGCUGGCAGCUGCCAACAGUGUGUACGGGCGCUGGGACGACAUGAAGGGCGAGGAGAAUAUCGACUUCAUGCCCACCAUCCUGUCUCGUUUUGACAUGAUCUUUAUUGUGAAGGAUGUGCAUGAUGAGGCCAUGGAUACUAGAUUGGCCAAGCACGUGAUGAAUGUACACCUGAACGCCCAGCAGAUGACCGAGGAGCCCGCAGAGGGGGAGAUUGACCUCCUGACCCUCAAGAAGUACAUCGGCUACUGCAGAACGAGAUGUGGCCCUCGUCUGUCUGCCGAGGCUGCUGAGAAACUAAAGAACCGCUACGUGUUGAUGAGGAACAGUGCGGGAGAGUAUGAGAGGGAGACUGGCAAGAAAGUCAGCAUUCCUAUCACAGUGAGACAACUGGAGGCCAUCAUACGUAUCAGUGAGUCGCUUGCUAAGAUGAAGCUGCAGCCGUUUGCCACGGAGUCUGACGUGGAUGAGGCACUGAGGCUGUUCCAGGUGUCUACACUAGACGCUGCUAUGUCUGGCAACCUUGCAGGAGUGGAAGGGUUCACUACAGAGGAGGACCAGGAGAUGCUGGGCCGUAUUGAGAAGCAGCUGAAGAGGAGGUUUGUCAUCGGCUCCCAGGUCUCGGAACAUGCCGUGCUCCAGGACUUCCUCAAACAGAAAUACCCUGAGCGAGCCAUACAGAAAGUGAUCCACUUUAUGCUGAGACGGGGAGAGCUGCAGCACAGAAUGCAGAGAAAAAUGUUGUACAGGAUGAAAUAAUCACAUGUACAGGGCUGUAGUUGUACUGCAAAUGUACUGCUUAAUUCUCAUGAUGGACAUACUAGUAUUUUGUCAUGAAUGAAUUUUGUUGGUGUUAAAGUGCUGAAAUUGUAUAUUCAUACAAAUGUGUAAUACAAUUGUUAAUAUUUUCUUAUGGAUUUAAGAUUACCCAGAAUGUUAUGUAAGAAAAUACUUGGUGAUUUAAGGCUCAUUUUUAUGUCCCCCCAGUCUGUACUGAAAACUGUCAUAAUGUUGCCGACUAAAAGUGUCGCUAUUGGUUAGGUUGCAGUAACCUAAGUCGAUUACAAUGUCGAAUAUUUACAUUUUUCAAAAUGAAAAUGUCAGCAAGAAUAGUGUGUUAAACCAUCAUCGUGUUUGUUAGCUUGAAUGCAAGGGAUAACGUCUGUAGGCUGCCAUUCAGGUAAAUUUAAUAUGUAUUUGAAGUUUAUUCAUCGCUUUCCUUAAUUGGUAAUGAACGACGUAUGUUUAGUAAUGCGCAAGGAUUCUCUGCGCAGAACUGGGAUUGUGUUUAUGUUUAUCCAGUUUUUGUUAAAUUUAUCCACAAAAGACUUGCAAUGCAAUUUUCUCAUAAAACCUCGAAGCAUUCAAGAACUAGCAAAAUGGUAGAAAGGCUAUUUCUGUAGUGGGAAAUUUUUAUACAUAUUUCAGUGACUGAAUUGUCACUACUUUUGUACUAGAAUAGUUUUUAUUGCAAAAGUUAUCAAUAAAAUGUCAACAUUAUUUGAUUUUUAUUUCAUGACAAUUUUUUGUCAGUAAAAUAUGUGUAACGUCUCUAAAAUUAUGAUCUAUGCAUAACUGUUGUUAAAAUCUCUAACCUUUAUAAAGGUUGAUUUUUCUACAUAACAUAGAAUUUCAUCAGGUGCAUACUACCUUAAAUGCUCUAACAGCAGCUAUGGCUAUCCUAUAAAGGAAGUAACUGCUGCGAGAAGUUUGUAAACCACUGCAUCAAGUUUGUUUGCUUAAUUAUAAUUUCAACCUGCAUUUAGAGUUGUUCAGUCAAUGUAUAUUUUCUGUUUUUGAAACUGAUCUGAAUUUUGUAUUUUUUUGUUUGUACUGUUUUGUUUUGUAUAUUAUGUACAUGUCAUCACUGGACUUGAAAUUCUUUACCUGGCCGGCAAGCUCAGUUCUUUAAUGCUUGACUACCAAUCCUUAGAACACUUGUUUGGAGGUGGGUCAUGAAAUUCUUUAUACAAUAAUUCUCCCCCUACCUCUGAGGUGAGGCACUUGUCAGUUACUGAGCUAUACUGGUUAGGCAGUUGUCAGUUACUGAGCUAUACUGGCAUCAUUAUAGGUCCAUGAGGUAUCCCAGGCAAGUGUGAGUCGGCAAACUGACCAUCGUGACACAUGUACUUCUUAAAUAAUGAUACAAACGGUAUAAAAUCCAUCAAACAAAUGGACUUUGUGCACUAGGCACGCAAUCUUGCAUGUUUGUUUGCAAAGCAGUUGCUUUAUUUCAAAAACGCGAAGUAUGGAGUCAAUAUUUGUUUGAAAAACACAUUUCUAUUCUUGAAUUAUGCAAUUUUAUUAGCCGGAUUUUUUUCGAAAAAAUCUCGGCUUAUAGAUUGAUGUUGUCGGGCGGGCGGGGUGGCGGCGUGCUCGAAAAUGUUAAAGUUCUUAUUUCAUGGUAUAACUUUGGUAUGCUUGGACCUAGAGUCUUCAAACUUGACAUGAAGGUUGGCCAGGAUUAACAGAUGACCACUGGUCAUUUCAAGGUCAUUCAUUUGAAGGUCAAGGUCACUGUGACCUUCAAUAUAAAAAAUGUUAAAGUUGUUAUAACUUUGGUAUGCUUGGACCUAGUGUCUUGAAACUUGACAUGAAGGUUGGCCAUAACUAGUUAGUAACCACUGGUCAUUUCAAGGUCAUUCAUUUGAAGGUCAAGGUCACUGUGACCUUGAAUGUAAAAAUGUUAAAGUUCUUAUUUCAUGGUAUAACUUUGGUAUGCUUGGACCUAGAGUCUUCAAACUUGACAUGAAGGUUGGCCAGGAUUAACAGAUGACCACUGGUCAUUUCAAGGUCAUUCAUUUGAAGGUCAAGGUCACUGUGACCUUCAAUAUAAAAAUGUUAAAGUUGUUAUAACUUUGGUAUGCUUGGACUUAGAGUCUUGAAACUUGACAUGAAGGUUGGCCAGAACUAGUAAGUAACCACUGGACAUUUCAAGGUCAUUCAUUUGAAGGUCAAGGUCACUGUGACCUUGAAUGUAAAAAUGUUAAAGUUGUUAUAACUUUGGUAUGCUUGGACCUAGAGUCUUGAAACUUGACAUGAAGGUUGGCCAGAACUAGUAAGUAACCACUGGACAUUUCAAGGUCAUUCAUUUGAAGGUCAAGGUCACUGUGACAUUGAAUGUAAAAAUGUUAAAGUUCUUAUUUCAUGUUAUAACUUUGGUAUGCUUGUACCUAGAGUCUUCAAACUUGAAAUAAAGAUUGGCCAGUACUAGAAGAUGACCACUGGUCAUUUCAAUGUCAUUCAUUUGAAGGUCAAGGUCACUGUGACCUUAAAUGUUAAAAUGUUAAAAUUGUUAUAACUUUGGUAUGCUUGGACAUAGAGUCUUCAAACUUGACAUGAAGGUUUGCAAGCACACUUAGAUGACCACUGGUCAUUUCAAGGUCAUUCAUUCUAAGGUCAAGGUCACUGUGACCUUGAAUGUAAAAAUGUUAAAGUUCUUAUAACUUUGGUAGGUAAAAAUGUUAAAGUUCUUAUUCCAUGUUAUAACUUUGGUAUGCUUGUACCUAGAGUCUUCAAACUUGACAUAAAGUUUAUUUUCUUACAUUUGAUAAUGAAAUUGAUGGAAACUUCAAACAAUAUGUUACUAAUUUGCUAAUAAAAAAAUUGAGAUCAAACUUUCCUAAUUGUCAAUUCAAGUUCAUAUUUGUGACCUUAAAUGUUAUUGUUGUUCAUGUAUAUGCAUGCAUUCAAAACAUAACACAAGGUUUGCUCAUGCCUUGAAAAGUACUUACAUUUCAUUUUGACCUUUGAACAAUAUUUCAGUAAUUUAAGUAUUGCAUUGACAAAAACACGAAAGGUACUUUCCUGUCAUUUAAAUCAAAAAUCCGGCUUCAAUGCGGUCAUCUCCGACCGCGGAACUCUUGUUAAGUUCUUGUCACAAUUUACUUUUAUUACAUGGGUUCCAUUGUUCUAGUUACAUCUUAUUGAAAUAUUGUUUCCUGUCUAGUAAAGAAUACCACUGGCUUAAGGGGAUUUAUAGUUGAUGGUAAACAGCCAAUAAUUUGCUGGACUGCUCUCUAGAUUGUGCGUUGCCCAAUGUCUGGUGAGAGAUUUUCAAGUUCAUGUGUUAACUGUUGUACAAAGUUUCUGUAUUUAAUAUGUUUAGUCCAGAUAUAUGGGAGGGAAGGCAUUGAUACCACAUCUUGUGUUCAACUGUACAGAAAAGUGUGUUCAAUCAUUUACUGUAUAGACAAUUGUGUUCAAUUGGUUGCUGUAUAGCAAACAAAAAUGUGUUCAAUUUUGAUCAUUCUAAUGUGUUCCAAUAUUUUUUUUGCAUUUAUCUAUUGUUUAUUUUGAACUGCAUUUUUAUAUUCUUUUCCGUUUUCCGUUUUGUUAUCAAUUUAAACAUGCAUGCAUGACCUUUAUCGUUAUCGCAACUGUGUUCAAAAUGUCCGAUAUUUACGUGUUCAUUGAAUUAAAUAUUAGUAAUUUGACAAAAUAAACCAAUAAUUGCAUUGCCCAGACAUCAUAGGUCAUACCUUUUAAACAUGCCGUCUGAAUUGCAGAUGUAAGAUAUAUUGACCUUAAAUAUUAAAAAACAUAAAUCAUGAA